AUGCCUGGCGCGAUCAACAUCCCCUCAGCGGACUCUGACCCCACCCUCCAACUCCCACGCAUCCUGUGCCUCCAUGGCGGCGGUGUCAACGCGGCCGUCUUCAAGAUGCAGUGCCGGGCCCUCAUCGCCCGCCUAAAGAAGCACUUCCGCCUCGUCUUCGUCGACGGGCCCUUCAUCUGCAACCCACACCAUGACAUCGUCGCCGUCUACGGCGACCACGGCCCCUUCCGCCGCUGGCUGCGCUGGCUCCCUGAGCACCAGUACGUCGACGCCGAGACGGCCUCGGCCGAGAUCCACUUCCAGCUGCGCAUGGCCAUGGACGACGACGACGCCCUCGGCGCCACCGGCGAGUGGGUCGGCCUGCUGGGUUUCAGCCAGGGCGCCAAGGUCAGCGCGAGCCUGCUCUACACGCAGCAGAUGCUCAAGGAGAAGUACGGCAAGCGCAUCGCCUCGGCCGGCGGCGCGGCGGACUGGAAGUUUGGCGUCCUGCUGGCCGGCCGCGCGCCCCUCAUCGUGCUCGACGACCGGAUAGACGCGCCGCAGGGCGUCGGCGACGCCGCUGAGGCGAGCGUCGACUACCACGACUGGCCCAACGGCUUGUCCAACGACCACGUCCUAAAGGUGCCGACGAUCCACAUACACGGCCUCAAGGACCCCGGCCUGCAGCACCACCGCCGGCUGCUGAAGCAGUACUGCCAGCCGGGGACGGCGCGGCUGGUCGAGUGGGACGGCGCGCAUCGCAUCCCCAUCAAGACGUGGGACGUCGAGGCCGUCGCAUCGCAGAUCCUGGAUUUGGGACGUGAGAUCGGCGUCCUGCCGCCAAAGGAGGAGGGCGCUCUCGAAUAG